AUGUCCUUAACCAAAACACCCCUUAAAGAAAUAAAUAGUCAAACACAAGGUGGUGAGAAAAUGGAAUCAAAUAAUAGUUUCAACUUUAUCAUAAACAACAAUAACAACUCAAAGAUACAAGAUCAAACAUUCGAUAGUUCCAAUUCCACGAGUCCAUUUAUUUCAAAUCCAGAGAUUCCUAUUACUGAUGUUCUUGAUGAAAAUAGCGUGAUAAAAAGUCUCUAUACUGAUACUCAUCCUGAAAGUGAUGAAUAUUCAGAUGUUGAUCAAGAUCUGAUUCAUUCAAACAACCAUAGUAUGUUGAACUCGGAUCCUUCACCGUAUAACAACGGUGUGAUGAAUAGUGCUGAUUUACAUGAUGAUUUGGGGUUUUCAGACUUUGAUAAUAACAAUCACUCGGUGGUAGUGCAUAAUAAUGACUCUAAUAGUACUUUUCAUGAAUCAACAGUUGAUACUACUAAAUUUAAUGAUACGCGAGCUCAAUUCGAUCAAGAUUUCGAUUUCAGUCCUAGAAGAAUGAACCAAAUGUCUAUACUUCCCAAUACCCAAAGCAAUCCUAUCACACCUUGGAGAAGACUUCGAACUGCUUCCACAUUUACUCCUACUAAGGGACAAAGUAAUCUUCAACAUCCUGAAAGUAUGAUAAGGUUACCAGCUAUUAAACAAUCAUUAUUCCCAACCACAGACAAUAAUAAUAUAGAGACUGCUAAUGCAAACAAUGCUAGUAGUACUCAUGCAAGUACCGUAUCUAAGAUUGCUGAUUUAAAUAAACAAAUAGGGAGUUACAGAAUUCAAAUUCAAUUAUUUAAGGAGUUCUUACAAAAGAUAAUUGAUAAACAUGUGAUAAACAAAGACUUAUUAGAUGAGAAUGAAUUAGCUAAAUUCCAAUUCGACCUCCAAGGACUUUCACCAACUCAAAGCACAAGAAGUACUGAUUAUGCUAUGUUGGAGAGCGAAUAUAAUAAAUUACUCAAUGAUUAUCAAGAAGUGGUCGAUAUUAACAAUGAAAUAAUAAACAAUCUACAAAACUUUGAAGAAAAGCUUCACGAUAAAGAUUUACAUAUAGCUCAGUUGAAUGAAGAUAUAUCGAUUUGUUCAAGCAUAAUAGAUGAAAUAAUGCAUAAUAUCGCAACAAACUCAAACACUGCAUUUCAAUCUCGUGAGAAACUACAAGAUAUACUUACAUCUCCAGAUAAUAUCUCAUGGUUAGAGAAGCUAGAAGCGUUGAAGAAAGAGUCUGAACAUUUAAUUCUUCCAUCUCCACCAGCUUCAAGUGGCAAGGAGGAUAAUAAACAUCAACCUGUAAUUGAUAACUUAAUAGCAACCGUUAAUGAUCUUCAAUUAAAAUUAAAUAAUCAAAAGAAUGAAAAAGAAAAGCUUGAGGAGUUGAGAAAGGAUAUUGAUGAUUCUCAAUCUAUGAAGAGGAAUUUUCAAUUUAUGUCACUGAAAUUUAUUGAGCUUUGCCAGACUUUUAAUGAAAAUGGUGAAGCUAUUGAACUUGAGAAGAUGAAAGAAGAAAAUGAAAGGAUAUCAAAAGAAUUAGCUGAUUUGAAAGCUCAAACAUCAAAUCAAGCUAGACAAGAAGAUGAAGAUAUAAAGACUGAAAUAGAAGAAUUAAAACAACACAAUCAGGCUUUAAUCGAAGAUUUAGAUGAAACAAAUAAGAUUUACGAAGAAUUAAAGCAAGAAUCAGCUGAAAGCAUAUCUGCAUUAUCUAGUCAACUUCAAGCAAGACAAAAGGAAAUUGUCGCUUUAAGAAAUGACAAACGUAUGGAUCAGAAGUUAAGAGAUGAAAUUGAUGCUGCGGCUGAAGUCGAAAGAAAACUCAAAGCUGAAAAUAUUAAACUUUCCUAUGCCUUAGAAACAUCCAAGGAGAAAGAAGUCAAUUUGAAAGUGACUAUUGAGAGUUUGACAGAGAAAAUUAAUGCACUUCAAGAAUCUGGUCAUCAAUCAAGACUGCAACUGGUACUGUCUGAUGGAGACAUUAAUGAAUACCAGAAAUAUCUUAAUCAUCAAUUAAAUGAUAUUGUUCAAUUUGACACUCAAGAAUUCCAAAGACUUAUAAAAUCAUUCAAUAAAAUCGCUGAUGAUUCUUCAUUAAAAGAUCCAAUCAAGAAAUAUGAUAUGCUCAUGAAGAAGGUUAACAGUCAAGACAUUGCUACCCUUGAUCAAGAUAAUAUGGAGUUCUUAAGAGACUGUCAUAGAUCAGUAUUCAAUUAUUUUGUCAGAGCUGUGGAUAUCUUAGUAAACGAUCAUAUACGACUUUUAUUAAAAGAGACAGAAAACGAAGGUAAAGAAGACUAUAUCAAAGACUUACACCAAAGAAUCAAUGAACUAGUAAACCAUAGAUCAGUAUUAGCAAAGCAAUUAGAAAGCUAUGAUCACCAAUCAAACAAUGUAAAUAACGAUACCUCACCAAUCUCGAAGUUAAGACUCGAAGAAGUUCAAAUCAAAUGGAAAAUGGAAAGAGAAAAACGGGCUUACGAGUACAAGGAAUCUCAAAAACGAUUUAAAGAAUUAGAAGUAGAAAAUGCUAGGUUAAGGGACUUAUUAAGUAGACAGUAA